UUUUAAUGGCCACUCUCUCUUGCCAUCUUUCUAGUUCUUUUCCGGCGAGUCAGAGAGAGAUAAUCAAACAUAUUAAAACAAGAAUAUUCCUCAAAUUCUGCAUCUAUCAUCGGACGUUAUGGAUUUUAAGGAUCAGAAAACCUUGCUAGAGUCGAAAUCCAGCGACGACGAUCGACGUGUUUCCUCUCCUAUGACAAGAAAAGGCGUAUAUGCGGCCGUUUCUUACAUGACAUCUGCAGUUCUCUUGAUAAUGUUCAACAAGGCGGCCCUUUCAUCGUAUAAAUUUCCAUGUGCCAAUGUCAUUACUCUUUUCCAGAUGGUGUGCUCAUUGGUUCUUCUUUAUGCAUUGCGGUCUCGAAACAUCGUGUCUUUCCGAGUAAAUAAUGAAAACCAAAGCACGAAUAACAUUCCGGGGAUUUUUGUAUCACUAAAAACAUUGCUUACAACUCUUCCUCUAGCCAUCUCCUAUCUUCUAUACAUGUUGGUUUCAAUGGAAUCGGUUCGUGGGGUGAGCGUGCCCAUGUACACAACACUUAGACGAACCACCGUAGCAUUUACAAUGCUAGUAGAGUACGUUUUGGUGCGACAAAAGUAUUCACGUUACAUCGUUGGCAGUGUAGGGAUAAUCAUAUUUGGUGCCUUCAUAGCUGGAGCUCGAGAUUUAUCAUUUGAUUCAUAUGCCUACGCCAUGGUUUUCUCAGCAAACAUAUGUACCGCAAUAUAUCUAGCUUCGAUAGCUCGAAUAGGAAAAUCUAGUGGUCUGGAUAGCUUUGGUCUUAUGUGGUGUAAUGGUAUAAUAUGUACUCCAAUCUUGUUAUUAUGGACAUGGGUAUCUGGUGAUCUCCAAGUUACAGCAAACUUCUCUCAUUUGUCAUCAGUCGGAUUUCAGGUUGUGAUGUUGCUAUCAUGUGUUAUGGCUUUCUUUUUGAACUAUGCGGUUUUCUUAAACACAACUCUAAACUCGGCCCUCACACAGACAAUUUGCGGGAACUUAAAGGACCUUUUCACGAUCGGGUUAGGCUGGAUUCUCUUCGGUGGUCUCCCAUUUGAUCUGCUGAACGUGGCGGGCCAAUCUCUUGGGUUUCUCGGAUCAUGUAUCUACGCUUUUUGCAAAAUUAGAGGGUUGUAACCCAUAACCAGGUUCAUGUCUAGCUGGCACUUGAUAGACAAGACAAUUUUGUUUGAUCAUCGAAUUCAAGUCAUAAUUUGGAAACCAUUAUAAUUUAAGUGUUUUGUUUGCAUGUCA